AUUUAUUAUAUAAGUUUUCUUAUUUUUUCAUAUGCAAAUUGCAAACAAGUAACAAAAGGCAAAAGAGAUAGAUGAUGAAAAAGGAAAAGCAAGUGCUUCCUAUAGUGUGGAGUAUGUGAGAAUCAUGUGAAGUGCCGCCAUCUCUCUCUCUCUCUCUCUCUCUCUCUCUAUUGAUCAAAAGCUUUCAACUUUGUCAAAUUUUAACAAAAAUAAAACAUACCCUUUUUGUGAGAGCGCUUCAUCUUCUUCUUCUUCUUCUUGGUUUUCAAUGGCUUCAACUGCUUCUAGGUUCAUCAAGUGUGUCACAGUUGGUGAUGGAGCUGUAGGGAAAACCUGCAUGCUCAUUUGCUACACAAGCAACAAAUUCCCCACUGACUAUAUUCCCACAGUGUUUGAUAAUUUCAGUGCAAAUGUGGUAGUUGAAGGCACAACUGUCAAUUUAGGCCUUUGGGACACUGCUGGGCAAGAGGACUACAAUAGAUUGAGGCCUCUGAGCUACAGAGGCGCAGAUGUAUUUGUAUUGGCUUUCUCUCUUGUUAGUGGCGCGAGCUAUGAGAAUGUCUUGAAGAAGUGGAUCCCAGAGCUGCAGCAUUUUGCCCCUGGUGUUCCAGUGGUACUAGUUGGCACCAAAUUAGAUCUUCGCGAAGACAAGCACUAUCUAGCCGAUCAUCCCAGUCUGGUGCCUGUGACUCGUGAGCAGGGGGAGGAACUACGGAAACGAAUAGGAGCUAGCUAUUAUAUUGAGUGCAGCUCAAAAACUCAGCAGAAUGUGAAGGCGGUUUUCGAUGCGGCAAUCAAGGUGGUGAUCAAGCCUCCACAGAAGCAACAAGAGAAGAAGAAGAAACCGCGUCCCGGGUGUCUAUUAAAUAUCUUCUGUGGAAGGAAUAUUGUUGGUCUUAAAUGAAACAAAUCAUCAUCACCUGAAGGCUUUUUCACUUGUCAUAGGUGGGAAAUUAUUAUUUUGUAUCAACGUUUGCAGCAUAGCUAUAUAUAUAUAUAUAUAUAUAUAUAUAUAUAUAUAUAUAUAAUGAUAUGUAUGUAUUAGGAAAUUUAAGCUAAGCUCCUAGAUCUGAUUUCUUGUAAGUAAAGAACAAUUGGCCCUUUUUUUUUACUUUGGCUAUUUGUUUAUUAUUUUAUUUUGGUUUGAUAUGCAUAUUGAUAUAUAAUUAUAGUUGGUUCACUUGAAAAUUGUAACGAAGUACUAGGAUUGAAGACAUGAUUACAUUUGUUUUGCUUA